GAGCGGCGCUCGCGCAAUGUAGUUCCUCGGCUAUCUUUGACGCGGGAGCAUCUCUUUUCGAAAGCUUCCAUCCUUUCCUCGCACUCUCGCCCGCGUAAUUAUCGGAAUCACUUCUGUCUUUUGCCACUGAUCUUCCUCCCGAGGAGCUUCGUGUCCAGCCGUGUUUUUAGGGCGACGGGCACCCUCUCGUAAGCCCAAAUAUGACAGAACCGUCAGUCACGGCGUAUUGCGUGCCGCUCGGUGCCAAAGUAGAAGCACGCCGAAUCUAUUCGACACUCGGCAAGUUCCUUACAGCAUCCUCGAGAACAGUGUGAAUGCGGCGGAAGUUCCGAUUGACGAUCAAGACUCGUUCCACGAAAUUUCGCCAUUUCUCCGAGCCCAUUGGUCCGGCCUACCGAUUAGAUCGAGAGAAAUAGACUGUCCAAGUGAAUUCGUGUUAACGCGAGUGCCGGCUUCUUAAAACGCGAGGAAGCUUGUCCAAACAAAUAUCUACGUAAACGCACUAACAAGUGCACUCGACUUCGCGUUCUACGAUGUGAUACGGUAUCAUCCGACGGAUUCCCUAUUGUCGUCUGUGAUAGGUGCUACAUUCAUCUGUGAUCCUCUAUAGAUUUCUAGAAUGUGCAACCCACUUAGAUGAGAAUUUGGUGUGACAAUUAUCUAAAGUCCCAGCAUCUAUUCUACUGCUCUUCCUGCAGUGACUUACGCAAGAUGUUAUUCUACUGGAGAUUCAUGUUUCCAAGGCUCUAAUUGACCAACGGUAACCAAUGUGCUUAUCGUGCAUUAUCUCAUAAACGAUAUGAAAUUUUAAUUGUGACGAACGAUGCCAAUAACUACAGUUUCGAGCAGUUUCCAAUUGACGGCGGAAGCAUUCUCUGUCAAUUACUAAAAAGUGAUACUACAUUGGCCCAAUGAGCAACUGAUUUCGCGAAGAAUUAAUUAAGCAGGAAAGCCGGGAGAAGCGAUGUCUACCUUUCUUCCCAUGCUCGUCUUUUUUCUAUUUUCCUUUGCUGGCAUCGUGAAUUGCCUGCGAAACUUCCGUACGGACUUUCUUGAGGAAUGGCCGACGCCGGGUACCGGACCUCACUUCGACACCUCGAUGCCCUCGAACUUUACUGGCCUCGUCGGUAAAACUGUGCAUCUCGUCUGCAAAGUCAAGAACUUGGGAAAUCGAACGGUGUCCUGGAUGAGACACCGAGACAUUCACUUGUUGACGGUCGGUCGAUACACCUAUACGAGUGACCAACGAUUCGAGGCACUACACUCUCCUCAUACGGAGGAAUGGACUUUAAGGAUACGAUAUCCCCAACGGAAGGACUCCGGGAUCUACGAGUGUCAAAUAUCCACGACUCCUCCUAUUGGACAUCUCGUUCACCUAACGAUAGUCGAACCAAUAACCAAUAUAGUGGGAGCUCCGGAGCUUUUUGUCAAUAAAGGGAGCACCAUCAACCUGACUUGCCUCGUGAGAUAUGCCCCGGAACCACCUCCUAUGAUGAUCUGGAGCCACAAUACAGAAGAGAUUAAUUUCAACUCUCCCCGUGGGGGAAUCAGCCUUGUAACGGAAAAAGGUCCCGAAACGUCGAGUCGAUUAAUGAUCCAAAAAGCAGUUCCGGCCGACUCGGGAAUCUACACCUGCGGACCGAGCAACGCGAAUCCAAGCAGCAUAAGGGUACACGUUGUCAACGAGGAACAUCCUGCUGCCAUGCAUCACGGUGAUGGGAGCACCUCCUACGGAAAGAAGCAGUCAGUGUGUUUUUUAAUGUUAGUAAUGGGUAGCCUAAUGUUUGUAUAAAAGUACAGACGGUACGCAAAGAGAGAAAGAGAGAGCGAGAGAGAGAGAGAGAGAGAGAGAGAGAGAGAGAGAGAGAGAGAGAGAGAGAGAGCUGGGCUAUAAGAUAGUAGAUGAAGAUUGAUUUAUCGACCGUCUACCAUGUCCGUUGAUGUACUUCUUAAAGAAAUAUUUGAGCAGGGUAAAUUCGACUAGUACCAUUUAUUAUACAUUGUACUUCCGUGACCAAAGAGUUUUCCAAAUAUCAGCACGGCACAAUAAUUGUAGUAUUUUGUUAAAAUAUAUCCCCAAGAGAUCGAAUAAUCUUACAUUGUCAAAAUUUCACAAAAUUGUAAAUAAAUUUAUUGUAUGUACAUAUCAAUAAAAGGAUUGUCUUUAAAUUA